AAGUUAAAAAUGAUCGAAAGGCACUCACUAAUAAUUCAGAGCCACAGGAGAUAGAAAGAAUAUUACAAGUCAACCUUGGCUUCUUAAAUAAAGCAAGUAUUAAAUUGAAUAAUGGAGCCUCUGAAUUGGAACCCAACUAUGAAAAGAUAGCCCUAGGCCUAAAUAACAGUUAUAUCAAACCUAAAAACACUGAUGACGACAAGACUUGGUACUCUUGCAAAGAGGAGAUUUCAAAAGAUUGGUUGGGAUUGAAUAAUGGUGAAAAAUCUAUAACUACUAUUGUGUAG